ACCUGAGACGGUUUUGGGCAUUCACCGCAUCAAAUAACCCUGGGAAGAGGGGUUUUGUUUCCCUAAGAUACCCAAAGAAAAAUUUAGUAACCAUAACACUUCAGUCUUUGGAUCGAGAACCCCAGCAGCGCAAAGGUGAGUCAAGCACUAGUCUCCUCCUCUGCCGCCGUGGCUCUUCCCUCUGUCCGCUUCAUGGUUCUUCCCGGUCACCAGUCUCCUCCCUCAGCCGUGUAGCUCCUGUGCGCGAAGGUAAAGUAGAAGGGGUCCGAGUCUUCUCCUUUCGUUUUCCAUUUCUAUCAGACAACUCCAAAACCCACAAACUGAAAAGUGAAAGAACACAAUCAAGUAUCAACCAAAGCCGCAGCACACACACUCUCUUCCUCUCCAAAUGCUUGUUCUCUUGCCCCCAAAUACCACUUUUAGGUUUUUAGUGAAGAGAAAUAGCGAACAGGGAAGGGAGUGACCACGGCGAUGGAUAAAGGGCGCGUGCCCGGCUGAAGAAAUCGGAUGUGGCUCCGUGAACGACAAGCGGCGGCUGCAGUAACCGGAGGUGGCAGAUCCUCUCCUUAGUUCCCUUGGCCACCCCUGGGUUCAGGAAGGAGGUCUUGCUCCUGAUAAACCGUUGGAUUCUACUGUUUUAUCUCGUCUCAAGCAAUUCUCUGCGAUGAACAAGUUAAAAAAGAUUGCCAUUCGAGUAAUUGCUGAAAGUCUCUCUGAGGACGAAAUUGCAGGACUGAAAGAAAUGUUCUUGAUGAUAGACACAGAUAAUAAUGGGCAGAUCACCCUUGAGGAACUGAAAAAGGGUUUGGAGAGAGUGGGUGCUAAUCUUAAAGAAUCCGAGCUUCUAUGGUUAAUGGAAGCAGUAGACGUUGAUAACAGUGGUACCAUAGAUUAUGGUGAAUUUAUAGCGGCAAUGCUUCAUCUAAACAAAAUCCAAACGGAGGAUCAUCUAUAUGCUGCCUUCACUUAUUUUGACCAAGCUUGUGAAAAGUAUGGAAUUCUAGAUAGUAACAUAGAUGAUAUAAUACGCAAAGUUGACAAGGAUAAUGAUGGACGCAUUGAUUACAGUGAGUUUACUGCAAUGAUGUAAGAAACUGACUUUGGCAAA